AUGUCUGAGAUAGCAAAUAUGAUCUCUGACACACAUACCUCUAAUACACCCGAUAAAUCAUCGUUACAAUCAUUGAGGUUUAAAGAUAACUAUAAUCAAUCUCUUUCCCUUGGAGUAUUACCAUUAUCAUUACAAUCAUUGGAGUUUAAUGAUAGAUAUAAUCAACCACUAUCAGCUGGAGUAUUACCAUCAUCGUUACUAUCAUUGAAGUUUGGUGUGAGAUAUAAUCUACGUCUAUCAAUUGGAGUAUUACCAACAUCAUUACAAUCAUUGGAGUUUGGUAAUGACUAUAAUCAAACAAUAUCAAUUGGAGUACUACCAACAUCAUUACAAUCAUUGGUGUUUGGUUAUAGAUAUAAUCAACUCCUAUCAGUUGAAGUAUUACCAACAUCGUUACAAUCAUUAAAGUUUGGUAAUGAAUAUAAUCAACCUCUAUCUGUUAGAGUGUUACCAACAUCAUUAAAAUCAUUAAAGUUUGGUAAUGAAUAUAAUCAACCACUACCAGUUGGAGUAUUACCAACAUCAUUACUAUCUUUAAAGUUUGGUAGGGACUAUAAUCAGGCAAUAUCUGUUGGAGUAUUACCAUCAUCAUUACAAUCAUUGAAGUUUGGUUACUACUUUAACCAACUUCUAUCAAUUGGAGUAUUACCAUCAUCAUUACAAUCAUUGGUGUUUGGUAGAGACUAUAAUCAACCUCUUUUAGUUGGAGUAUUACCAUCAUCAUUACAAUCAUUGAUGUUUGAUGGAGAUUCAAUAGAUCCGAUAAGAUUUUUAGUUGAUUUCAACCAAUCCAUUGGUGUAAGCAGAAGUUUUAUUAAAUUAGGAUCAUAUGGAGUCAUAAAGCUUCCAAGCACCAAGGUUUUUUUUAUUCUUUCAAAAACCAAAUCUUUACAAAACAAACAUCAUAACUCAACUCACACUUGGGCCAACAGACCGAGCAACACUCCAACAUCCACAACACUCAACACAAAUCCCAACUCUAUCAAUUACGACCUCAACUAUUUAAUGAAAUAUCCUAUCAGCGAAACAGAUUUUGUUAUAGUCAACACCCACAAAUAUUUCAAAUUACAUUCUUUUCCAUACUCUGCCAACCAAGUAUUUUUAGUAAUGUGCCAAUCCUCUGGUGAAUUGGUACAUCAUCAAGAUGACACUGAUUCAAAAAAGAUAUAUCUCUUGACAUAUUUCUGUGAAGGUGGUGAUUUAGAACAAUUGUGUCAAUCAAUUUAUCAAUGGAAUGAAUUUCAAAAGGAAAACCCUCAUCCAAAAUAUAAAUAUAUUCUCGAAACAGAAAUAUGGCGAUACAUUCAUCGAUUAUUCCUCAUACUCGAAAAACUAUCUCAACACAAUCUUGCACAUCUUGAUAUCAAACCACUCAAUCUAUUUAUUGGAUCAGACGGUGAAAUAGUUCUUGGUGAUUUUGGUUGUUGCCACUAUUACUUUGCUACACAAUCCACAAACAAUAAUCAAGAAAAAAUUAGUGACUCUAUCAACCAACCAACAGCACAAAAUGCAAAUAUGAUAGCUACACCACUUGCCUCUCGUGGAACAAGAGGGUAUUAUGCACCAGUCCCAACACCUGAUGAUCGACUUUCAUUGGAUGAUUUAAUUGGAGAAAUAGUCAACCAACACACACAAAGAAUCACAUCAUUUUUAAUCAAUCAACGACAAAUUCUAUCAAGCACAACAACAUUAAUAUUGGAUGGUGAAUUCAACAGUCCUCUCAAAGGAUUACUUCCACCAACACUUUUAAAAUUAAAGUUGUUGGGAAACUUUAAUCAACCAAUCGAAUGGGGUGAUAUUCCAGAUAGUGUUGAAACAUUAAUAUUCGGAUCAUCAUUUAAUAGUCAAAUACAUUCAUUUCCAAAGUCAUUGAAUAAUUUAGCUUUAGGAAUAUCAUUCAAUCAACAGUUGUUCCUCAUCGACAAAAAAGUUACAAUCCACCUUAACAGAGAUAAUAAUACUUCGUGGAAUGAAUGGUUCGAUUGGGCUCUAUCUCAAAUGAAGCAUGUCAAUAUCUACUACCGCCAAGACCUGGGGAAAAAAACUAAUUCAUUUAUUAAAAACAAUGAUAGUGGAUCCAAUUUCUUCUUGACAAUUGGUGAAAAAUAUUAUGGAAUUGGCGAUAUCAAGGGGGACAAUAAUAUAAUAGAGUGGACGAAUAACAACUUCGAGUGUAAAAUCAAACUAAAAGAUGUUAAAGUGAUAUCACAUGUUCAAGCAUCAAUCUAUCCACAUUUGUUUUGUCAAAUAGAUAAAUCAAAAUUUGAAGAAGCCAACAGACGAUUUGGAGAAUUUCAACCCGACUCUGAAUACAGUUCUUUGUAUUCUGAACUAUUUGAAUUGGAUCAAGACAAUAUUCAUCAAGUGUUUGAACAUAAUCAUCAAUAUCUAAAUAUUAGAUUGAUUUACACCCAAACACCAGAUUCUGUGCUAUCAAAAUUGAUAAAUAUGCUCUAUAGUGCUAUUUACUAA